AUGGCGGCCGAUCCUUACAACCUCCCCGAUCCGGGCCUCGAUAGCGCCAUCCGCCAACUUCUCGAUCAGCAGGCCGAUAUCCAAGCCAAGCUCGCCGCCUUGCUGCCCGCAAAGUAUGGCCCUAACGUCAAGCUGGAGCUUGACAUGCUCCGUCACAAAUUGCGAGUUUUGCAGGCCUACUGCGAAACCCAUCGUCUUUCUUCUACUGUCCCUGUAUUAUCUGAGCUUGAGGAGGCUAGAUCGUUGCAAUACCGGUGCGAGUGCAUCGAAGCUACUUUCCUGGAGCAAGGCCAUGAUCUGUCAGAUCCCAGCGUGCUAGAUGCCCUUAAGCGAUCGCUAUACGACGAAGCGCCAACAGGAUACUCGGCCUGGUUGGAUCGCAAUCUUGCCAAUUACGACCCGGUUGUCCGUGGAUGGAAAACAAGGGAAAGUCUGUCGCCGUCGUCUCGAUCCGCAUCGUCCUUCAAAUGCUGGGACGAGCGUUGUAUACACUACAUUUACGGCUUCUACAACAAGGAUGAUCGGGACAAUCAUGCCCGAGAGCAUACUAUCCAUACCCAUCGCGACUCAGGCAUGUCCGUUGGCAACACUCCGCCUCUCCCUUUUCCCGACCACACGACAUCCCGACCGUGGGGUUCCGAUGCUGGAAAGCAGCCGCUGGCGCUUCAACUCCCGAAACCGUCGCCCGGUACCCAACUGGCUCCGUUGACAACAAACCAGCCCAGGGACCGUCGUGACACUUUACAGUCAUAUUCCAUGGUCAGCGAACAUUCCGGCCCUGGGCGAGGUUCUGUCGAUUCCGAGGUCGACCCUUUACUUCCCCCUCUCAAGCGCAGCAGGGUUGGUCAGUCUCGACUGCAGUCCAUUGGCGAGCUUAGGUUACUUCAAGACUCCGGGCCUUGUUUGCGCUGCAAGGUAACAAAGCAGCCGCCCCAGCAGUGA